UGAUGAACCUGGUUACAAGAAGAUGGACACAGAUAACUCCAUUGAAGAGCACCCAGACCCUAUAAACAUCUACAGACGCGAAGUUGGUGAAUCUGCAGAACAACCUACAAAUAUCAGUAUGAGUGCAAAGGUUGAACUCCAAGAGUCUAUCAUUGAUGAAGGCAGUGAAAGUAAUGAAAACUCAUUUGACAAGAGUUCAAGCAUUGAUAAAGACGAAGUUGCUAGUCCAAGUCCAAAAUCUCCACAACCUCAAAUAGAAUUGAAAAGGAAGGUAGCAUUUAUUUCUAUUGGAAAACCGAAAGUACCCCAAACAAGUGAAAGCAGCUUACUUAAUAAUUUGCCAACUGAGGACACACAAUUUGGGCGUGUAGCUAAUCGGUUGUUGAUGGCGACGUGGUGCGAUUUCUGACUGUUUAUUCUCCUAGUUAGCCCACGUUCAGCGCAACCCUUCAAGAGUGACUAGAUUUGUGCCAGGUGCGUUUAUUUCUUUUAAUUUGGUGUGCGUGGGGUUUCGCCCCGCCUAGCCCCGUGGGAUGUAUUUUUAAUUUGAUGGAAGCUAAGCUUCGC